AUGAGUUCCCUGGAAAAAAGAGUUUUUCUGGACAUGGCGCUUGACGAAAAGCCUAUUGGACGUAUCGAAAUCAAGCUGUUCACUUCCGAAGCACCAAAAACAUGCGAAAAUUUUCGAGCGCUGUGUACUGGAGAAGUAGGAAUGGCUCCGAACAAUAAAGCUCGUCUGCAUUACAAGGGAAAUGAGAUUCAUCGAGUAGUCAAAAAGUUCAUGAUUCAGGGAGGAGACAUCACCGACGGAGAUGGAAGAGGAGGAUUUUCAAUCUACGGUCGGUACUUUGAUGAUGAAAAGUUCGUGCUGAAACAUUCAAAACCUUACUUACUGUCUAUGGCUAACAAAGGACCGAAUUCCAAUUCUUCCCAAUUUUUCAUCACGACAGCACCCGCACCACACUGUAAUGGAAAACAUGUCGUUUUCGGGGAGGUUAUUAAAGGUCGGGAAGUUGUGGAUGUGCUCGACAAUCUCGAGGUGGACGGAAAAUCGAAACCCAUCGCGAAGGUUCGAAUUUUUAAUAGCGGUGAAUUGGUGAAGAAGAAGAAGCCAUCUAAAACUAAAGAAGAACUAGCUGCACUGGAGGAGAGAAAAAGACAGGAAGCGAAGAAAGAUAUUCCUGACAUUCCCAAGUCGUGGUUGUAUCGUGACAAUGAAGAAAGAGAGUCCGAUUUUUCAUCAAAAACGGAAAGUUCAAGAGUGAGAUCUAGGAGCAAAUCUCCUUCGAAUAAUUAUGAAACUCGUCGCGGUCAUAUGGCGAAUUCUCGCGGAGACCGUAAUCGUCGGACUCAACGCGCAGAUCGCAAAGACGAUUUCGGGAUUGCGGUUCGUGGUCGCGGUGGAGUCCAGUUUCGACGCGUAAGAUAUGUAACUCCAGAACACUGGAGAAGAAAUGCACCUUCUAAAUGGCAACAAGGAAGCUACACCCACCCAGUUGAUCUUCAACCAUAA